AUGACAAUAUCUGAAGAUCCGGAGGUCUUCAGUGUUUCGAGUGGUCUGGGGGACAUAGUGAUUACUAACGGUGCUGGUGAUGUUCAGGAGAGUAAGUCGUCGGGAGAUGGCAAUCUACACGAGGAAGAACUAUCUAAGGCAAGCACGCCAGGAUCUAGUGUGUCGCAGUUGGAACAGUUGGCCAAUACCAACGUACUUACGGUAAGGGUUAAAUGGAGGGAUAAUUUGAUUAUGGAUUACAAGAAGACCGAAUUUUUGAACAGAUUGCAUGAGGUAAUUCAUGCGCGUAGGGGAUUUGCUGUCAACCCUUCGAUGAUUGAGCACUAUGAAUACCUUUCAGACAAGGAAAGGUUACGGGUGAUUGAUAAAAAUCGCGAGGUUUACAUUCACGAAUCUGGGAAUCAAGAACUUGCCAAAUCUCCCGAAGAGGUGGACGAUGGGAAUUGGCUUUACGACUUUAUCUUGCAUGCGCAAUUCAAGGUUUAUUCCGAUUUGCAGUCUGCAGCAGAUGCUGUGACCACUCUUCUGGAAGAGAGUUCUUUUGUUGGUAAGUGGUCUUUGAGUGCUAAUCCACAAGCUUUGACACACCCUGGCAAUUUAUAUGUGCGUGGUAUACCCAAGGAUUUGACGGUUGAAGAUUUGGUCCCCAUAUUCUCCAAAUUUGGACCAGUUCUUUCAAUGAAAGUGAUAUGCGACUCUACUACUGGCGAAUCUCUUGGUUAUGGUUUCCUUUCCUUUCCGCUCGGAUCUCAGGCCUCUUUCUGUAUAAAAGAGCUGAAUGGUAACCUCAUGAAUGGUUGCCCGCUUUUCAUUAACUAUCAUGUCGAGAGGAAAGAAAGAGAGAGAAUUCAUUGGGACCACAUGAAAGAAGAUAACGAUGACGAGAGAUUCAAGGGUGUUUUCAUCGGAAACCUCCCAACUGAGGACAAAGAUGGUAAGCUUUUAGUACCAGAAGAUGUCAUAAACAGAUUUAAGGAAAUGCUGUCGGAUGAGAACGGAUCACCGGAAAUUAUAUCCUACUACUUUCCAAAGCGAAACAGCAAGAGCGAAAUAGAGUAUAAGGACGAUGACGACGUUAUGGACAAUGCCGAAACUUGCGAAUCUCAGCAUGAAGAGUCCCCUUUGAAAGGGUAUGGUUUUAUCAAAUUUGCAGCUCAUGAACAGGCUGUCAACGCUAUUACGUCUUUUAAUGAUACAGAAUGGCUCCAGCAUAAACUGGUGGUGAACAAGGCGGUACAAACUAAGCCACACCAUCAUCACCAUCAUCAUCACCACCAUCAUCAUCAUCAUCACAAUAACAAUCAUCACGGGCCAUAUGUGCAUCAUGGUAUGAGCCGUCGUCACAGCGAUCGUUCUUUGCCCUCCAGGCAGUCAAGCAUUACGACAUUUCCGAUUUAUCCCCCCUUUGGUGGAUUUCAGGGAGGUUUCACGUACUAUCCAGGUGUACCUAGUAGUACCUUUCCUGGUGCCAUGCCUGCUAACGGCGAACAGGUGGUCCGCGAUGGUGAUGAUGCUUCUCCAAUAUCGUCUCCUCCUUCAAGCCGCGGCUAUAUGAGCUCAAACCAAGUGCCAUAUUAUGCUCUGCAGUCAAAUAUAGCGAAGACUUCAGAUGGCUCGUCAGUUCAGUCGUCAAGAAGUGGGUCAAUUUAUGGCACUCAGCAGGGGCUUUUAUCCCCGGCGCCUUUUUUGUUGCCAAUUCCAACUAAAGAUCAGCAAGAGUCCAAUCUUUAUGUCAAGCACCUGCCACUAAACUGGGGAGACGAUGAUCUAUAUGAAUUCUACGAAAAGUUUGGUGAGAUUAUUAGCGCUAAAAUCAUCACUGUGGGAGGUAGCAAAAACGAGGAGCAAGGUUCUCAAACGGACAAAAAACAAGACGAAUUGCCGCUGGGCACUUCGAAAGGGUACGGCUUCGUUUGUUUCAAGAAUCCGCUUGAUGCCUCGCGUGCGGUAAUGGUUACUGACAGAUAUCAAGUUGAUGAAAAUCACACACUCUACGUUUCCUUUGCGCAGAAAAGAGCCAAAUCGGUAAGCGGGCCAGAUGCGAGCUCAAACAAUGUAUCAGUUGGGUCAAGACCGUCGUCGAGGAAGAACUCCCAAAACGGACCGAAUCAAGGACCUGAUCUCUUCGGGAACUACAACCCCAAAUUUUUGAACGCCAUGUUCCAGCAGCAAGGCAAUAGAAAGUCGUUUUCAAGACCUAGGGGAAGCUGGCCGGCGUCGAUGGGAAUACCGGUAACUCCAGCUUCUGUUGUACCUUGCACACAACCUUUACAUCCUCAAUAUCGGGGGUUCGGUCAGGAGUCGACCGGUAAGGAAGAGCCUCAACCUACGGAUCCACUUGAUAUAGCAAGCGAGUUGAGUGCGCAGUGA